AUGUCUCCUCCCGCCGACAGCGCCGGCUACAACAUCAUGGCGUCGGAGGCAGCAGCUGCGGUACCCGCGGAGGCCGCCAGCAGCAGCGACAGUAAUGGCUGGCACCCAGAGGAGAGGGACAAGAACCAUUCUGAUCAGAAACCAGGGAGACUGGACUCUCCACAUUUCUAUAUUGCGCCUCCUCCUGAGCUGCUGGGGGAUGUUCUGAAGGAGCAUUACCACAACCUUCCGUACAUGGCCUCCAUCAAUAAGAUGAAGAGACUGUCUUCCGGACAUUACUUGUGUCUGGAGAACUUUGAAGAAGUUCUGGAAAGGAGGCAUGCAGCCAAUGCCAAGGAAAGGGAGCGAAUCAGAAAUAUCAACAGUGGGUUUUCCAAGCUGAAGACUAUUGUGCCGCUGAUCCCAAAAGACAGAAAACCAAGCAAGGUGGACACCUUAAAAGCAGCCACAGAAUACAUAAGACUUCUUCAUGUAAUUCUGGAGGAAACUGGAGGGUUUGAGAGAGUUGAAGAUGUUCCUGAUGUGGAAACUCAUGAGGGGUACCUGGGUCCGUUCCCUCUGAGACCGGACUUCAUGGGCUCACUGUCUGCUGAAAUGCGCGUUAAACCUCUGGGAGAUAUUCAAGAAGGAAUGCCAUUUAUGGUGAAGACUGAAGACCCCAUGGGUUUAUGGAGGGCUUCUGGCAUGUUUCCUGGCUAUAUGGGAUUUUUUCAGAUUCAAGAGAAUGGGAAGCUGACACGGGCACAGACCAUGACUCACAAGCCAGCCAGCGAAGUGGGUCGCAGAAAAUGCGCCAUUUGUGAAAAGUCCUUUGCUUCAAAGAGCAAGAAAGCUUUGUCAAAAGUGCACAGAAAAGAUGGUGUCUGA